AUGUUACAUAAUGAAGACUUUAUCCCGAAUUUUCUACAGGAUUCUUCAUCAGCAUCUAUGACGCAUACGUUACGCGUCAAACGAAAUCGACCAAAGAGUUCCUAUUUUGAGGAUUUUUCACCAGAGGCAUCGCAGGAUGAUACAAAUGUGGAAGAUGCAAAUUGUUCUUCCCCUACUUUGAUGAGAAAAAGUGCAUUGAGAAAAUCAUCUUCAAAGACAUUAGACAAUAAUUCCAAAUCACCAUCGCCAACUUUUUCAAAUACAAAUGCAACAUCUGGCUCUCCAUUGUCAAAUCUUUCUCGUGCACCAUUGAGAAAUUUAUCUAAUUUCGUUAUUCCUUCGUCAGUUAAAUCAAAAACGAAACAAUUUACAAACUCUUUGACUCGUUCAAUGACUGAAGUGGUUUCGAAAUCAUCACACUCAUUUUUCAAUAAUUUGCAUCUUGCAACCUCAACUGCGUCUUCUUCAGUAUCGAGCACAACUCCCAAAAUAGAAUUCAAUUCCAUAGCUGAAAAUGAUGAUAUCCCUACCAAUUAUGACUCUGAUGAAGAAUUCGAAGAUGGUGAUACGUUUGAUACAAUCCACCUUGAUUCACCAGUUCAACGCAAGUCAAGUAACAACAACAACAAUAAUAAUAAUACCAAUGAUGGUAACGACAAUAAUAUACCUACAAAAAUUAGACGGUUCCACUCCAUGUACCAAACCGAUAAAGAGAUUGCAUCGUACCAACUUCAUGAAGAUAAUUCAAUUUUGAAAUUUACAAAUAUUGAAUAUUCUCAUCUGGAGAGUGAUUUGUUACCACGAAUCGAUGCUCAUCAAUUAGCCAGAAUAUUACGUGGAGACCACGAUGACCAAUUUGAUGAAUUUAUUAUCAUUGAUUGUCGAUUUGAGUAUGAAUUUAAUGGUGGCCAUAUCACUAAGGCAAUCAAUAUCUCCACCCAGGAAGCACUUCAAGAAAAGCUCUUUCAAUAUCAAGAAACAGAUACCAAGGACACUGAAAGCAAGAAGCGAUUGAUAAUUUUCCAUUGUGAGUUCAGUAUGUUCAGAGGACCAAUGAUGGCCAAACAUUUAAGAAAGUGUGAUAGAAUGUGCAACUACGACAAUUAUCCUCUAUUAACAUACCCCGAUAUUGCAAUUUUGGAAGGAGGCUAUAAGAAUUUCUAUGAAAAUUACCCCCAAUGGUGUGAUCCUCAAGGAUAUGUCGAGAUGAAGAAUUUACGACACAAAAAAUUAUGUGAAUCCAACUUGGAUAAAGUUAGAAAAGAUAAUAAACUAACUAGAGCAAAGUCUUAUCAAUUUGGUAUUCAACACCGCCGUGGUGGUUCCACUGGUGGACUUUUCGGCAACUAUAAUUACAACGUUAUGAACUCAUCAGAUCAACAAUUUUGGAGUAGCAGUACUUCCAACACUGCUCACCACAGAAGUAGUAGCAGUAGCGGGUUCAUUAAUAAUAUGCAUAGUGGUGCUUCGUCAUAUCACCAUAGGUCACAAUCGUUUGUAACUAUCAAUAAUGAGAAAAUUAUCAAGCGACAAAGAUCGACUCCCAAAGUCAGCAACUCACCAACCAAGCCCACCUCAUCAACUGUAUCUCCUGAUAAACCCAUUCCGUUGGCUAAUAUUCAUAGAUUAACUCGUGCCAACACUAUUUCAUCAGACCAAACAUUGUUUAGCAAUAAGCUGGUAUCUUCCCCAAUGAUAUCUCCACUUGCAGCUAGUUUUGAACAAUCGUCGAUUGGAAUGAGCUCUUCUGAAUUAUCAGUCAAUACUCAAGAUUUUCAACCACCGACUACGUCCUUUAGGAAUUCUACUCAUAAUUUCAACAACAUGAAUCGUCGCCGCAAAUCACUUUCAUCGAAUUUUUCCUCGUGUUCAAUCAAUUCCAUUACAUCAUCAGUAGCAGACUCUGAUUACGCAGGUUCAGUUGAUUCUGCGUUGACCGAACCAUAUACAUCUUCGUCGCCAAUACUUGAUUCAGCGGAUUAUUUUGAUAAUGGUGCAAAAAGACAAAACUUAAUUGCCAUGCCAAUUUCAAAAGGUCAGCCAUCAUUAUUGACUUCGUCAUCAUCAUCAUCAUCAAUUCAUAGAAAACAUGCAUCAAAACUGGGUAGUAAUAUCCAAGCAUCUUUGGCAAACCCUCCAUCAUUGCCACCACCGCCACCACCAACAACAACAACUGAUUCUUCAUCAUCCACCAAUCCGUCACAGUUGUCGCCAGGUAUUCAACAGCAACCAUGUUUACAAUUUCAAUUUCCAAGAUCAAGAUCAGCCAAUAAAUUAUUGGCUACCCCAUCAAAAUCAAGCCACCUGUUUACGUCGCCUUCAACCAAUAACGAGAUUAGCAGUAAUAACAAUUUGCCUAUGGUAUCACCAUUCUUCAUUCCUGGUACUGAUGCAAGCGCAAACAUCACCACAAAUACAUAUGAUGGGUACAAUACAUCUACUAUUAACACCAACUGUCAUGGAAACAGGAGUUCAAUUAUUGAUCCAAUUAAUGAUACUCCAGUUGAUUUUCUGGUUCCAACGUCAAUUUCUUUAUCAUCGUCAAAGCUGAUUAGAUUCAAAUUGCAUAAACGUUCCGGCUCAUUGAUUAAUUCAAGUAUUAGCGAGUCACAGGAAUUGUAUAAUGUUACAUCUGUUGAACACGGUCUCCAGUACCAUAAUCAUAAGGAUGGAACACAUUGCUAA